AUGCCGCCGGAUGGAGGAAGGGUCAAUCACCCACAAUCGACGCCCAUUACGCAGCAUCUCUCCAUGCUCCCUUCCGAAAUCUGGCUGGAGAUAUUCAAUCGGCUCCCUCUAGAGUCCAUUCCGUCCAUCUUUAUGACCAAUCGUACCUUUUCUGUGCUAGCGCGACCGUUGCGCUUCUCCCACUUUAACUUCAUGCCGUUUACAUCGUCGUUGCUGGAAUACCACAUACCGACCCCAGCCGAGCCAGAAAGGCUCGAGUUCUGGUGCUCCGAGCGCAUUGCACCACUCGUCCGCUCCUGUCCAAUCCGGCCUUGGCUACCAUUCCCAAUGCGCUUGAACAACGCCACAGAAGACAACUCCAAUGCCGCCUUCGGCCUGCUGACGACUUUCUUGUCAAAAAUCGAGUGGUUCGAGCGGCUGGAGUCCCUCGAGCUCGUUGAUGCACCGCUCACAGACCCUGAAUUCCGGAAAAUCUUCUACUGUUUACCCAGUCUCCGGACCCUCCAGAUCGAGCAUAUUUCGGGGCCAUUACCAAGUGAGGCGGCGGUCUCCCAAGCCCUCCCGCUUGCUCAACUCCGGAACUUCUCGUUAACCAGUGACUACAGCUAUCCCAACGGCGGCGAUGACCUUGCCCCAUAUCUACCAUUGCUCAAUCCCUCCACGCUCCGUCGACUGACACUUUGCUGUACAUUGCCCGCUGGGGACACGACCCUCGACUCCAUCGCCACAUUUCCUCAAAUCACGCAUCUCUCGAUUGCUGCCAAGAAUGAUACUUGCUUCAGCGCUUUACUGCGCAAAUGUUCGAACAUCCAAGAACUCCACGUUAUUGGCGACGUGGAUGCUGCUCAAGCUGCGGACGUGGUCAAUGGGUUUGGGGCGACGCUGGCUUGUGUCAAAAAGCUCUCCACAGUGUCUCGUCAAUUGAUGGAGGCCUUUAUUCGGCGCGCCACGCAGCUUCGCAUCCUCUUGUGCAACUACUCGUACUCUUGGAGAACAGAGAGGGAACCAUUUUUCUCCUUCAUUCUAUCGCACCGCCUUCAAAGUGCAUCCUUAUCGCUUCUUGAUGUGCAUGUCGGGCUCGUCCGGCCUGACGGCUUCCAACUGCUCAUGAACUCCUUUCCCGCUUUGAAGCAUCUGGCAUUACGUGCCAUGCCACAUAUGGAUGAAACAACACCAGACGGACACAGUGUAGCUGUAGUCUAUCUUGAAGAACUUGCCUCUAUCCCCGCCACGCUUACGCCGACACUGCAGACCCUUUUCCUUACCUGGCCAUCCAGUCGCCGCGGCCAUCUUCAAGUUCCUGGCCUCACCGUGGAAAAUCUUCGCGCCACUCUGCAAUCCAUCACGCAGCGAUAUCCGACACUCAACGCCCUUGGUGUCGAUGCCGGCUCUUUCGUGUUCAGAUGGGAGCGAAAUCAGAUUUGGGGUCUCCAGGAGGAAUACGGCAUAGAUCAAGAUGACGGUGAGUUGCCUCGCAAGUUGCAUAUUCGUGAUCGUCUCAACAAUAUGUGGGAGGAUAUUGAGGCGGAAGAGUUGAAAAGCGAGGAAAGCACUUAA